ACCCUUGCCGGGCUGGUUCAGGGUUCCACCGAUCCCCCCGAGUCUCCCUCUGCUACGGACAACGCCUGAGGAUUUUCAAAUCCACAAUCUCCUCGCAAGCGCGCAGGUUAAGCGAAUGGCACCGCCCGAUCACCGCCGUCCGUUCAAGCGGCCGACGAUCUCCGAUCAGCAGAGGCGGCGGGAACUCUCCCUCCUCCGUCAAGCCCAGAACCGCCUCGACGCCCAGCACCGCGCUCGCUGCUUAGCCUCCACCGUGCUCUCCCUCGAAGCCCCCGGACCCGAACCCGGACCCGAACCCGAACCCGUGCCCGUGCCCGAGCUCGAGCUCGCAUCCGAGUCGGAGUACCACCAUGUCGAAGAAGAAGAAGAAGGGGAAUCGAGGUCGCCGUCGAAGGAAUUCGACGUCCGUCAGGCGUCGAAGCUCCGAGGCGCGGAGGCUCGCAAGUGGUUCGCGAGGCAGCUGAUGCUUCCCGAGUGGAUGAUCGACGUCCCGGAUCGUCUUCCUCAAGACUGGUAUGUGUUUGCAAGACCUGCUGGUAAGCGGUGCUUUGUUGUUUCUUCCAAUGGGAUCACGGUUAGUCGGUUACGCAAUGGCUCCGUCUUGCACCGUUUCCCAUCCGCUCUACCUGGUGGGGCACGAACAAGAGAUGUUUCCGGGUCAGCUCAGUCAUACUCCAUACUGGAUUGCAUAUUUCAUGAGCUCGACCAAACGUACUAUGUAAUUGACAUGCUUUGCUGGCGAGGAUACUCUCUUUAUGACUGCACCGCAGAGUUCAGGUUCUUUUGGUCGAACUCCAAGCUCAUUGAGAGUGGAGCUUGUGAUCCACCCUCACAGAACCACCGAUACAGAUGUAGCCCGGUGCCCAUAUACAACUGUGACGAAAAUGGCCUACAUGCGGCAUAUACAGGAGCUGUAACUUACAUAAAGGAUGGGCUUCUGUUCUAUAACAAACAAGCACACUAUCAAACUGGUAACACACCCCUGGCAUUAGUUUGGAAGGAUGAGAAGUGUAGUCAGUACGUCAUUGAUACAGACAGUCAAGGAAAUGUCCCAAGAUUGCAACAGGUAGUUUUGGAGCUACAGGAUGAUUUGAAAUUAAUUACAUCAGAUGAUCCUCCUGUGGUAUUUGGAUGCUUGGAUAACGACCUAGUACAAAAGUCAGGCAUAUGCUCAGGAUAUCUCUUGAAGUUUGCUAUUAGUGAUGGAGGAUUGAGUUUUGCAGAUGGGAGGCUUGAUAGAGCUGAUCUUCAGUACCUUGGCAAGUCAAAUAGAGCACGUGCUUUCGCAGAUAGUUACUCUAAGGUCGUAUUUCAAUAUGCUGUCCGGCAUUCACCUCUAAGGAUAGAUGACUUGCUAUCUGCAAUCAGCUCAAGGGAUGAUCGAGAGAAUGAGCAUCCUGAUAUUGAAAUGAUAAAUUAAGGAUGCGUUUGUUUCAUAGAAAAUCUACUAUUUAGAAAACAUUUUCUAUAAACGAUCAUUUGUAUUGCAUACGACAAUGAAUUAAUGAAAAUGUUUAGGCAUUAAUUAUUAUCGAUA